UUUAAGGACAUUGUAACUUUGAGGAAUGCAAUGAGAGAUUAUGCUAUUAAGGGGGGAUAUGAUAUUACAAGAGUUAAAAAUGACUCUACUAGAUUAACAGCUAAGUGUUCCAGUACAGGAUGUCCCUGGAGGUUUCAUGCAUCAGUUUUGUCUGACCAAGUCACUUUCAUGGUUAAGACUCUACAUGAUGAGCACACAUGCAUAAGACCAUUAAGAAAUGAAAAUUUGAAUUCAAACACUAAGUGGAUAGUAGAAAAACUUAGGGAAAAGCUGAGGGCAGACCCUGACAUGAGUUAUGAACUCAUGCAGCAUGAGUUGAUGGGAAAAUGGGGUGUGGAAGUUCCUGUGUGGCAAUUAUAUAGAGCUAAGUGCAAGGCUAGAGAUGAGAACAUGGGCAUGCAUUGUGAAAGUUUCCAAAAACUUAAGAAAUAUGUCCAUUAUUUGCAAACAUAUAACCCGGGUACAGUUGUAAAAAUUCAGCCAGCUCCAAGGGUUAAUGAAGAUGAUCCUUUUGUUUUUCAAAGAAUAUGGAUUAUGUUUGAUGCUAUAAAGUCUGGGUUUGAGAAUGGUUGUAGACCCUUUAUAGGAUUAGAUGGUUGCCACUUGAAGGGUCCAUAUGGAGGGAUUUUCCUAGUUGCAGUCAUACUGGAUGGAAAUAGAGGUGUGCUACCUCUUGCAUUUUCUAUAGUUGAAGCAGAAUGUGGUGAUAGCUGGACAUUUUUCCUAGAGAAUCUUUAUUCUUGCAUUGGUGGAGGAACUGAUGCUAGGCCUUUAACUAUUAUGUUAGAUAGGCAAAAGGUAUGAAUUAAUAUUCAAUUUUUUUUUUUAAUUUAGCAUAUUGAACUAUAUGCUAUUAAUUUAAGUUACUAACUAUUUUUUUGUUGUAGGGACUCAUUGAUGCUGUCAAAAAUAUAUUUCCCAAUGCAUCUCAUAGAGUUUGUUGUAGGCAUUUAUACAUGAAUUUCAAGAAAGAGUUCCCUGGACUGAUGCUCAGAGAUGAUUUUUGGAAUGCUGCAAAGAGUACUCAUUCUUAUGAGUUUUGGCUUCACAUGAAGAAUUUGAAGCCCAAGCGAGAUCAAAAGCCAUAUGACUGGUUGAUCAACAUACCAUUCAGUCAAUGGACUAGACAUGCAUUCUGGCCUGAAGCUAAGUGUGACAAUUACACUAACAACAUGACCGAAUCAUUCAAUGCAUGGAUAGUGAAAUUGAGAGGUUUGCCUAUUAUCAAUAUUAUUGAAUCUAUUAGGCAGAAAUGUAUGGUUAGGUUGCAUAGAAGAUUUGCUAAAGCUCAAACAUGGGAAGGGAUAGUUACACCAAGAACAAAGAAAGUAUUGAAUAAAAUCAUUACUGCCAGUAGGUUUCUUAAGUUGCUCCCUGGUAGAAAUGAAGAGUAUGAGGUUCAUGAGGGUCCAUGUAGGUUUGCUGUUAGUUUAGCUAAAAGGACAUGCAGUUGUGGAUGGUGGGAUAUAAGUGGUUUACCAUGCAAGCAUGCUGCUAGAGCAAUUGCAUAUGUUAGGGGCAAUAUUGAAGAGUUUUGCCAUGAAUAUUACACUGUGCAGUGCUAUUCAAGAGUUUAUGCAGGUGCCAUACAUCCUGUUCCUCAAACUGAGCUUGAACCUGAUAAUGAACACCCAUCAAUGUUGCCACCUCCUUUGAGGAGGCAACCAGGAAGGCCAAGGAAGGCUAGAAAGAGAGAUCAGAGUGAACCACCAGCAAGAGGAAAGAGGACAGCAACUGUCACUUGUGCUAGGUGCUUACAAACAGGCCACAAUAAGAGAACUUGUCAAUAUGCUGCUGUUGGGGCAAAUAUGGCUGCAAGUCAAAAGAAGAGAAAACACACUACUGCAUCAGGUGCGGGGACUUCAAGAGGGGUUAAUACUAAUCAAGUGGGAUCAAGUGGUGGACCAACUAUCUAAAGGAGCCUUUGGAAUAUCAAAUGAUCUUUUUGAGAAUGUUGUUAG